AAACGGAUUGGAGGUCAGUGAAAGAAAAAAUUGCACUGACUGAUAUGCGUGCAUGUCAGUAUUACUGUCAGAUUAAAAAACGAGUAUAUCCAAUAUCACCAUCAAACACAUCAACUGCCUGGAUGCCGACGUGAAGCCAGUACUGCCGGACACACACAAAGCCUAAAAUGACCGAUGUGCUGACCCCUGAGGUGUAAAUGGCGUCCAAAGUGAGAGAUGCUGUGGUGUGGUACCAGAAGAAGAUUGGGGCCUAUGAUCAGCAGAUAUGGGAGAAGUCUGUGGAGCAAAGGGAAAUCAAGUUUAUUAGACUGGGCCUGAGGAACAAGCCAAAGAAGACCGGCCAUGUGAAGCCAGACCUCAUCGACGUGGACCUGGUGAGAGGCUCAGCGUUCGCCAAGGCCAAGCCUGAGAGCCCGUGGACCUCCCUGACCCGGAAGGGCAUCGUGAGGGUGGUCUUCUUCCCCUUCUUCUUCAGAUGGUGGAUCCAGGUCACCUCCAGGGCCAUCUUCCUCCUGCUGCUCUCCCUCUAUCUCCUCCAAGCGGCGGCGGCGGUGUUGUUUUUCACCGUGCCGCAGACCCGCGGGAUCCCUGUCACCGAGGUGUUCGGCGGCAUAUGGCUGAUGCUGCUCCUGGGGACCGUCCACUGCCAGAUCGUGUCCACGAGAACCCCCAAACCCACCCCCAGCAGCGGGGGCAAGAGGAGAAGGAAGUUAAGGAGGGCAGCUCACUUGGAGGUGCAUAGGGAAGGCGAUGGCUCUAGCACUACAGAUAACACACAGGAGGGGGCGCUGCGCUGCUCCGGGUCUGCAGCCACUCACAGCCUUGCUGCUUUCUUCAGAGAGCUCUGGCAUGAUAUCUUUAAAACGGGGUCCAAGAAGUCCAAGAUGUCCAUCGACAAGUCGACGGAGACGGACAACGGCUACGUGUCCCUGGACGGGCGGGUGACCAGCAAGAGCAGCGAGGAGGGCCUGCAGCUGCACGAGCCCCUGUGUGACCUCCUGCGCUCUGAGGAGGCCUGCUGGGGCUCCGCCCCGCCCCAGAACAGCCUCCUGCUGCCCCCCAUCGGCAAGGAGCCCCCCAGCCCUCGCAGCGUGGAGAACAUGUCCGACGAGGCGUCCAGCGAGGAGGACCCCGAGGCCUCCUACAGCGCCAUCCGCCGCGGCGUGGAGCGCAUGAACAGCGACUGCACACUACGCAACAGGAAGACGCAUCACUACAAGAAACACUACCCCGCUGAGGAGACGCCCAAGUCGGGCACCAGCUGCAGCUCGCGCUGCUCCAGCCUGCGGCAGGACUCGGAGAGCACGCGGCACGAGUCGGAGACGGAGGACGUGCUCUGGGAGGACUUCCUGCACUGCGCCGAGUGCCGCUCCUCCUGCACCAGCGAGACCGAGGGCGAGGGCGGCGCCGUCUGCCCCGCCCCCAAGAAGGAGUACCGCGACGACCCCUUCCACCAGGGCCACGUCCCGUGGCUGCACAGCUCGAACCCGGGCCUGGAGCGCGUCAGCGCCAUCGUGUGGGAGGGCAACGAGUGCAAGAAGGCCGACAUGUCCGUGCUGGAGAUCAGCGGCAUGAUCAUGAAUCGGGUGAACCUCUACACGCCGGGGAUCGGGUACCAGAUAUUUGGGAAGAUGGUUUCCGUGGUGCUGGGGCUGACGCCGUUCGCCUACAGGCUGUCCCAGUACAAGGACCUGGAGCAGCUGGCCACCCUCUCGGCCCGCGAGCUCGUCUCCGUCGCCUUCGGCUCCAGCGGCGACGCCAUGGUGAUCACCAUGGUGACCAUCAGCUUUGUGGUGCGCGUGUGCCUCAUCUGGCUCUUCUUCUUCCUGCUGAGUGUGGCGGAGAGGACCUACAAGCAGAGGCUGCUGUUUGCCAAGCUCUUUGGCCACCUCACCUCCGCCAGGAGGGCCCGGAAGUCCGAGGUUCCUCACUUCCGCUUGAAGAAAGUGCAGAAUAUUAAGAUGUGGCUCUCCCUGCGCUCUUACCUGAAGAGGCGGGGCCCACAGCGCUCAGUGGAUGUCAUUGUGUCCUCUGCGUUCCUGCUCACCCUCUCUGUUAUCGUCAUCUGCUGCGCCCAGCUGCUCCAUGUCCAUGAGACGUUCCUGGAGUGUCACUACAACUGGGAGCUGGUGAUCUGGUGCACCUCCCUGUCCCUCUUCCUGCUGCGCUUCGUCACACUGGGAUCCGAGACCAGCAAGAAGUACAGCAACACCUCCAUCUUACUGACAGAACAGAUAAAUCUGUACCUGAAAAUGGAGAAGAAACCAAAUAAAAAAGAAGAACUGACCCUGGUGAAUAAUGUGCUGAAGUUAGCCACCAAGCUACUGAAGGAGCUGGACACCCCCUUCAGACUGUACGGGCUGACCAUGAACCCCCUCCUCUACAACAUCACGCAGGUGGUCAUCCUGUCGGCUGUGUCAGGGGUCAUCAGUGACCUGCUGGGGUUCAACCUGAAGCUUUGGAAGAUUAAAUCGUGACAGGAAGCUAUGUGAAUUCAGCAGGCCCUCAAGCUAAGGGAAGAAAUACACUUGACCAGAGGAGGGCGCUGUUGAGACUGACUACAGACUCUGAUAAUGAACUGUGGCCCUUUUCCCGGACAAAUCGAAGUGCUUACAUUUCACGUACUUGUGCAAUUCAGAUAUUUAUUUUACCCUUUCAGUGUUUUAGGUUUUUUGCCUUUUGUUUUAGUGACAUGUUUUAAUUGAAAGUAUUAUUUCUUUGGCAGCAGAUAUGUGUUCUCAGAGGUAUGCUCACACCGCAGAGAUGACAUCCAAGUGAAAUCUUGGGGUGGGGGGGCUGUGGACAAAGCGAAGAGUUACGGCACUUUUGUGUAUGCGUGCAUGCGUGUGCACUCGCAUACGUUUGCACGCAUUGUAUAUAAUGCAGCUCUUCAAAGAAUCACAUUUAUUUAGCGUAGACAUAGUCAGUUCACUGUGAACACUACAGGACAUCGUGGUCUCAGAACAUGACAGACUCAUCGCAUUGUGGAAAACACGCACUCACGCACUCACACACUCACGCACUCACGCACUCACGCACUCACGCACUCAUGCACUCACACACACACACUCACACACUCACGCACUCACACACUCACGCACUCACGCACUCACACACUCACGCACUCACACACUCACACACUCACACACACACACUCACACACUCACGCACUCACACACUCACACACUCACGCAGUUUAUCAUCACCGCUGUGUUCAGACCCUUCGGAUGGUGCACCAGACGCACAGCAGUCUGCUGUCCGUUUGACACCAUUUUGCUCUCGCAAUGCCAGCACACCAAAGUUCAGAAUCCAGACACCAAACACUGUGUGCGCACAACAGAUUCAGCGAAAUGGGUGCUUGCUCGGGGUCAAAGCGGGAAGGCGGUUUUCCCUGAGACCCCUCAUCCAGCGGUGUUUCCGCCUAGUCUCAACCAAACUGACAUGCGAAGGGAAAGACGUGUCUACGAACUGCAGUCACUCUGCGGCGCUGGACACUGGCAAUAAGAAACCUCCCUGGUUUCUGUUAGUUGCCCUUUGUGCUCUCUCUCUCUCUCUCUCUUUAUUUUCUCUCUAUCUCUCUCUCUGUCUACCCCGUCCCUCUCUCUCUCUCCUGGGCUUUGUGCUAUGUGGCUUUGUCGGAGCAUACUUUUUCAUGGUCAAACUGUAUUUAAUAUAAGCAAUAAGUGACAGUGCUACCCAGACUGAAGGUGUUUUUGCUAGUCCUCCUAGUUACGUGUACAUAAUAAAACACUGGGAUGUUUGUGGCUCCAGUUAGGCAUGCCUGAAAACAUGCACUUUAAAAACAAAUGAAAAAUGUUACAUGUUUCAAUGUCAAACUUUGUUUAUCUGAAUAAGAGCCUUUUUUUUGUUUUUUGUUUUUGUAUUGUUUGCGUGGGACAGUCAGUGUGAAGAUGACCAAAGUGCAUUUUGCUGGAAAAGAAUGUAUAACACAUGCAUUUAAAAUAUGUUUGGUUGUUUUUUUGUUUUGUUUUUUGAAAAUGCUUUAAAAGGAUAUUGAUGUUGCUUUUUUGUUGCUUGUUUUGUUUUAUUUCUAAAUAUGGUCACUUAGGCUUUUUAGAUGUCAGGAAAUGUUUGCAGUACUAAACAAAUGUUCAGUUGGAAGAUGGGGGGCGGGGGACAGAAUUGUUUAUUAAAAACAAUGCUAUGCAUUGUACUUCCUUUUUUAAAAGGAAGUCUGCAUAUUUAAGUUAUAAGUCAAAAAGAUUUUUUGUGAGCGAGUCUAUUUAUAUCAGUUCCACGUUUUUAUAUAAAAUACGGACUUCCCGAGAGUAUCUUUGAGAAUAAGCUAUGGGCUGCACUCUCUGAAAUGUACAGUGAGCCUGAAGUGCUUCUACCCCCUUGACUCCAUGUACCACAUGACACUGUAAUCAUCAGAAUAUUCAUUAAAACUUUCUGUGGCUGA